GGUGUCAUGUAAAUUGUCAAGAACUUCAUAAAACUCCAGAAACUUGAGAGAAAACGGUGAUUUCAUCCGCAUUUUUGUUUAAUAUAGGAAGUGUGUGUUACACGAAUCUUGCGGCUGUGUUAGAAUAAUAGAAGGCUCGACCAUGUGGGAACAAAUUAUAGAGUAUUUAAAGGAUCCAUUAUUAGUGAUUAAAGUACAAAACUUUUUUGGUGUAACUUAUAAAAGCAAUCAAAGUACACAAGAGAAGGAAUCAGUGUCAACCGAAGUGGUACAUUCAGACAGAGUGGACCGUUUGACUGAGGAGUCUGAUGUGAAGCAGCACAAGAGGAUUCCAAGUAACAUAUCGAGUAGUUCGCAGUCCUCGGCGUAUGACACCGAUAGUUCUGGCGACAGCGGCGGGAAGGAUGUGGUGGAGUGUCGCAUAGACAACAAGUUCUGGUACUACCUGUUCGUGCUGGGCACCGAGCUGGGGGACGAGAUAUUCUACGCAACCUUCAUUCCGUUUUGGUUCUGGAACAUUGAUGGAGCUGUUGGCAGGAGGGUGGUGCUGGUGUGGACUGUAGUCAUGUAUAUUGGUCAAGGCUUCAAAGACAUCAUCCGCUGGCCUCGUCCCGGCUACCCAGUGAAGAAGCUGCAGCAGAAAUGGGCGGUAGAGUACGGGAUGCCAUCGACCCACGCUAUGGUGGGAGUGUCCAUACCAUUCUCCGUGUUGUUGUAUACCAUGGAUAGGUACCAGUAUCCCGUGCACUGGGGGGUGGUCAUCGCAGUCUCGUGGUGCACGCUGAUCUGUGUCAGCAGGGUCUAUCUGGGAAUGCAUAGUGUAUUGGACAUAGCAGCAGGGUUACUCCUGGCGACGGGGCUGGUGUCGGUGCUGAUCCCGGUGGUGGACCAACUCGACGGGUUCCUGCUCACCUCGCAGCUCUCACCGUUCCUCGUCAUAGCCUCCUCCAUUCUAGUCAUCGUAUUCCAUCCUAAUGCUGAUAAAUGGACGCCUACCAGAGGCGACACCACGAUGAUAGUGAGCGUGUGUGCGGGCAUCCUGUUCGGCUCCUGGACCAACUACCAGCUCGGUAACAUGGUGGCCAGUCCGCUGGACCCGCCCUACGAGAUCAUCUGGCCUUCCAAGGAGAUGUUGGGAUGCACCAUCCUCAGAACCAUACUCGGCUUCUGUGGAGUCCUCGCGACCAGAGCCAUUGGCAAAUCCGUGUCUUAUGCCUUCGUGUGCGCCCUGCUCGGGAAGGAUAAGAACCAACUGCGCAACUCGGAGGACAGCCUAGACAACAAGAAUAAAAUUAUAGUAGAACUGAGUUAUAAGUACUUCACGUACGGCAUGAUCGGGUUCAAUACGACGUACGUGUUUCCGAAUGUAUUCUCUCUGCUGGCGAUCAACAGGCCCACCUACUACACGGAGAUUUAAUUCGUUACUAGUCGCGACGGGGGCUAUUGUAAUAUUGCGAAGUGUGGCGCGCGCAAAUAUCCAGCGCACCGCGGUCCUGUGGUAGCGAAAUACUUACAUACUCACACCUAUGUGUAUCAUAAACACUAACGGUUGUAUGUAUGUCAUUCAAAGGCCUUAAUAGAAAUAAUAUUAUCUUUUAAUGUUCCAAUGAUAAAGUCACACUUCGUCCACUUACACUAUCUGCAUUUAUAUGCACUUGCACAGUUUCUCUAUGUUGUCGGCAACGUCUUAAUAAGUUUCUGUCCAGCAAUGUGAUGGAGGCAGAGAUUAUAUUACUAUUUCGUCCUUAAUUUAAACAAGUGCACUUUCAUCGCCACUGAGCAUUGUUGUUUGUAUGAAUGGUUGUAUGGAGUUUAUUUUAUGUUUCUCUAGUUGGUAAAUGGUAACAUCUUUAUGAGCCCGGAGUACGUGUCUAAACUGUUACUUAUAUUACAAUGGCGUCUCUACCCCGGGCAUAUAACGCGCUAUAAAUUAAAAUAUUCCAGUAAUUUUAAAAUUAUUUUAUAGUAUUUUGUCGAAUAUAGUAUUAUAUUGGUAUUUUUGUACACGAAGUAGGUUGUAGUUGUACCGAUAGAUGGCACUGCGGUGUAGAGCACACGAUGAAUGAAGCUUUACAUUGAAACGAGAGAAGUAGUCGGUAUUUGUAUAUAAACGGUAUAAAUGAGUAGUAACGGGCGGUUAUACUUCGAUCUGGUUAUGUACGUGUGUGUCUUUAAUUCCUUAUUUGUAUCAAAGUCUGAACGAUUACAUAAACAUCACAAUUUACUUCACAAACACGAGCUUAUAAAGUUAACACUAUACAUUGAUAUUAUAAUAAGUUGAGGCUAAAUAUAAUAUGUUUCAAAGUUGAAAAUAUUCCAUAGAUUUACGAUCCGUUUUAAUGUAAAUGUAUUGGAACUAUGUCAAAAUAAACGUGUAUAGAGUAGACGCAGUUUAAAGGUUGAUUGAUGUCAGAUUUUUGUUCAGUAACGAGAUAUAUUUGAUGUGUUUUAGCAUCGUUGUUAAUGUUCCACUACUAACACAUAGUGUAGGUUGUGAGUACUGACGGGAAGUGCCUGCUAAUGUGACUUCACUUAGAAUUACAAUUAAUUAUAUUGCUAUACGUGUUUCGACAGGCGUUCCGGAUAUUUGUGAUAGCAAUAACAAGUCACGAAUAAUCAUUUAAUGUUUUAUGUUAUGUUAUCAUUUGUUAUAAAUGAAAUUCCAUAUCCGUAAUGUUAUUAUUUAAUUGAUUAAUAAAACUGCCAUGAAACGAAA